GUGAUAAACUGAUCUAUAAUUUGCCCAACUUAUCAGGAUUAGUAUCUGAAUCAGUGAGUAAUGCACUUGGUCUUUUUUAUGUUUCUUGAUUCAUUUGUUCACAAAUGCAGGGACCUCAUUGCACAUUGUGGUGCACAUGCCUGCAUUAUCCCCCACAAUGGAUCAAGGCAACAUAGUGAAGUGGAGGAAGAAAGAAGGGGAUAAGAUUGAUGUUGGUGAUGUUAUAUGUGAAAUAGAAACAGACAAAGCUACCCUUGAAUUUGAAAGUCUUGAGGAAGGUAAAUUUUGCAGAUUUUUCUUGUGGGGUGACUCGGACAAUAUGGGCUUCAUUCUAGGCAUUUUCAACAUUUCAGACAUUUCAGUGUCAUCCCUUCUUGUGAAACGGGUGACAUUUGAGUGCUUUCGAAGCAAUCAGGGCAUUUGGAAAUGAUAUGCAGCAUGCACA